AUGGGAAAGUUAAAUAUGGUCUUUGAUUUUGUUUUGCUAUUGUUACCACUUGUCAUUGUCUUGAUGUUAAAAUGCCAAAAAAUGAUCCUGUUGUUGCUUUUCCCCUGCUCGUCCUCCGCUCCUCGCUAUGGCGUCUGCCCUCCCCGGGCCUGUGUCUGUCCGGCCGGGCGUGAGGAGUCGGCCUGCGGCCAAGACUCGCUCUCACUUCCUGCUCAUCCCCGCUGUCCUGGGCUCAGCCAGUCCCGGGGAGAAGCUUCUGCUAAACUAACCCAAUUUGUCCAAAUCACCCCCGAAACCACCAUCUCUAACUUGAGCUUCCUCAUGUGGAACCCAUUUCCCUGA